AUGAAGAUCGAUACCAGCCUGACUAUGCUCCAGCUCCGAGAGGAACUGUCCCAGGCUGGCCUUCAGUUCUCUGUGGUCACAGAGGAGGAUUUCGAUGAUAUCAUGGCCAUGAGCCAGUACAUCUAUGGUGGCCUUGAUUACCUGCCCACUCGAUACACCGACUGGCUACGGGAGACCAACCGCACAGUCAUACUGGCUCGCAAGCAGGGAAAUGUGAUUGCUCUGGAGUCCGUGUGUGUGAUUGAUGAUGGAGACACUAUGCUGGUGGAAGGUCUUCGUGUUGCACCUCAGGAAAGGGGAAAGGGUGUGGCAGGAGUUCUGCUGCGCUUUUGCAGCGAGCUGGUCAAAUCCAAGUACCCUGAUGUCAAAGUAAGCCGCUUGACCCGUGAUGAUCAGCUUGGACCCAAGGACUUCCAGAAGUAUCGUCUCAUAACCAAGCAGGGUAUUCUGUUGGUACGCUUUAGAGCUGAAGAUCUCAAGCUGCGUCUGUCGGAGCUAGGUCUGGGUGGAGACAUCCAAUCCUCUCGGUCCACCUCCUCCAAUCGUCCUUUGGUGCGUCUCGACCAUACAGCUGUCCACCGGCUGUAUCUAACCACUGACCUGAUGAGGGAGGUCCUUCCUAAUGCUACCAUCAUUCAAGACUGGCAGCCAUUUAAGCUUCUGCCCAGUAACAUGGCUAUCCUUCUGAAGAAGGACAUUGACUGGAUGGUCGAUGAUGUGUCCAAUCCUACUGUGGCCAGCCUCUGUACCUUCCCUUUCAGGGUGCCCAUUGGAGAUGACUGGUAUUACUUGAACAUUGACAUGUUCGGUAAAGACCUGGACCGGGUACGGCAGCAGUUCUUGAGCCACCUGCAGUGCCACACUGCCACCCUGAAGGGUCACGUGAUGUGCCAGAUGUUCCUGGACCCACCGCUCUGGAAGACCAUGGCUGAAUUCUGCCACAACAUCUUGAACGUGGAACUGGUGAAGGAGUACACCGAGCAGUGCGUGGUGGAGUCAGACGUCGUCUAGUUACAGAGGGUGGAUGGAAAUGAGUAGAAGAUGAAGGAGCCAGAAAGGAAUGAAGACAAGGGUCUAGACAACAAGGAAUGGACACAAC